UGACUAUAAAAGCUCGCUGUGUGCGUUUCGGCUAGCUUAACCUAGCUAUGUGACAACAGUGGCGAUGUGCCUUUGUGCACAGACGCCGUAUAAUUCGAUGGCGUUGUAAGCGUGAAUCUAGUGCACACUGCAGGGACAACGGACGGGGCGCGGGGGGGGCUUCGUGUUUGCGUCGGUCCACAGAGAACAGAAAAAUGCGAGGACGUCUUACGGUUAAAACGGUGGAGGUCUUGGGUGGCAGGAUGAUGCGGCUGUGGGUCCCAGUAUCAUCCACGAAACCAGUCGCGCUGCUUUCCGCUGUGGAGACUGGUGUUAAUGAAAGGUUCAGGUCCACGUCCUCCAUUUCCAACUACUCCGAGCUGGCCCGGGAGAGAUCUAAAACCGUUACCUCUUUUUAUAAUCAGUCGGCAAUAGAUGUUUCUGCCGAAAAGCCUUCUGUUAGACUUACACCAAGCACCUUAUUGUAUGCUGGCAAGUCUCCGGAUGGAAACCAUAUCCUGAGCAGUGCCAAGUACUUGCACAAAGAGCUGCCAGUGCGCAUCGCUCACCGGAUCAAGGGUUUCCGCAGCUUGCCCUUUAUCAUUGGCUGCAACCCCACCAUCCUGCAAGUGCAUGAGCUUUACAUCCGGGCCUAUCACGUGCUGAGUGACUUCCCAGCGAUUAAAGACCAGGAGGUGGAGGCCCGCUACAGCAAACUUGUUCAGCAGCUGCUUGACGACCACAAAGAUGUGGUUACCGUGCUUGCGGAGGGCUUUAGGGAGUGUCGUAAACACAUCCAAGAUGAGGCACUGAUUCGCAAUUUCCUGGACACGACGCUGACGUCCCGUCUGGGCAUCCGCAUGCUGGCCACACACCAUCUCGCCCUGCAUGAGGAGAAUCCUGACUAUGUGGGCAUCAUCUGCAGGCGCUUGUCUCCAAAGAAGAUUAUUGAGAAGUGGGUGGAUUUUGCACGGCGGCUGUGCGAGCACCAGUAUGGGAACUCUCCGCGGGUUCGCAUCAACGGCCACGUGGCAGCACGCUUCCCCUUCAUCACUCUCCCCCUGGACUACAUCCUGCCUGAACUACUGAAGAACGCCAUGAGGGCCACUAUGGAGAGUCACUUGGACACCCCUUACAACGUGCCAGAUGUGGUGGUGACCAUCGCCAACAAUGACACAGACUUUGUCAUCAGGAUCUCGGAUCGGGGAGGAGGCAUUCCACACAGCAUCAUGGACAAGGUGAUGGACUACCACUUCAGCACGGCUGAGCAGAGCACGCAGGACCCGCGCAUGAGCAACCUCUUCAACACCAUGACCAACAGUGGGCCCCAGUCCGGCCCCAUGCAUGGGUUCGGCUUUGGCUUGCCAACUUCCCGGGCCUAUGCGGAGUACCUGGGGGGCUCCCUGACACUGCAGUCCAUGCAGGGUAUCGGCACCGACGUCUACCUGCGCCUGCGGCACAUUGACGGAAAGGGGGAGAGCUUCAGGCUGUGAGGCCCUGCGCCCCCUGCUGGACACCACCGAGCCUGCCAAGGCUCCCCCAGGCUAUAAAGCUAUUAACCGCCGUUAACCACGUGACUGACUUCCUCGAUUUCUGUUCUCAUGCACUCCCUGUAGAAAAUGUAGUCAGAGGGCCAUGAUGAGUCUCCACCCCCUUGAUCUGCCUUUUGGAUAAUGACUGAGCUCACAAGGAGCGUCCCCACCACACUUUUUUUUUGGGACUUGUUGGACUAGGUCAGCAAAUAAAGGACCGUUUGGUGUGGUCAUUACUGGUUACCCUCUCGCACAUGCAUCUGAGAAGGGACCUACUGCCUUACACACAAAAACCCCCAGAGAAUCCAAUCUUUUAAAUGUACUGUCCGGUAUUCAAUCAUUGUCAUUCUGGCAUAUUGCUUAUUUAGCUAACACACUUCAUGUAUAGAUUUCAUAUAUAUUACAUGCUUGACAAAAGGCUGUUUGCUUAUAAACAAAAUAAGAAUGUCAUGGGGUUUUUUUUGUUGUUGUUUUUUUUAAUAUUUGUUAUCAGUUUCUCCAAGAAUUAAAGUUUUAUUAUGGUGAUGAUCCUA